UGUUGAUAGUGCUGCUAUAAUCAUUGAGGUGCAUGUGCCGCUUCGAAUCAGCAUUUUGGUAUCCUUUGGAUAAAUACCUAGUAGUGCAAUUGCUGGGUUGUAGGGUAAUUCUUUUUUUUUUUAAUUUUAUUUUUAAUUUUUUUAAAUUUAGACCCAAAUUAGUUAGCAUAUAGUGCAACAAUGAUUUCAGGAAUAGAUUCCCUAGUGCCCCUUACCCAUGUAGCUCAUCCCCCCUCCCACAACCCCUCCACUAAGCCUCUGUUUGUUCUCCAUAUUUAUGAGUCUCUUAUGCUUUGCCCCCCUCCCUGUUUUUAUAUUAUUUUUGUUUCCCUUCCCUUAUGUUCAUCUGUUUUGUCUCUUAAAGUCCUCAGAUGAGUGAAGUCAUCUGAUUUUUGUCUUUCUCUGACUAAUUUCACUUAGCAUAAUACCCUCCAGUUCCAUCCAUGUAGUUGCAAAUGGCAGGAUUUCAUUCUUUUUGAUUGCCGAGUAAUACUCCAUUGUAUAUCUAUACCACAUCUUCUUUAUCCUUUCAUCCAUCUAUGGACAUUUGGACUCUUUCCAUACUUUGGCUAUUGUCGAUAGCGCUGCUGUAAACAUGGGGGUGCGUGUGUCCCUUUGAAACAGCACACCUGUAUCCCUUGGAUAAAUGCCUAGUAGUGCAAUUGCUGGGUCGCAGGGUAGUUCUAUUUUUAGUUUUUUGAGGAACCUCCAUACUGUUUUCUAGAGUGGUCGCACCAAUUUGCAUUCCCACCAACAAUGCAAAAGCGAUCCUCUUUCUCCACGUCCUCGCCAACAACUGUUGUUGCCUGAGUUGUUCAUGUUAGCCAUUCUGACAGGAGUGAGGUGGUAUCUCAUUGUGGUUUUGAUUCGUAUUUCCCUGAUGACGAGUGAUGUAGAGCAUUUUUUCAUGUGUCGGUUGGCCAUCUGGAUGUCUUCCUUGGAAAAGUGUCUAUUCAUGUCUUUAGCCCGUUUCUUCACUGGAUUAUUUGUUUUUUGGGUGUUGAGUUUGAGAAGUUCUUUAUAGAUUUUGGAUACUAACCCUUUAUCUGAUAUGUCAUUUGCAAAUAUCUUCUCUCAUUCCGUCAGUUGCCUUUUAGUUUUGCUGAUUGUUUCCUUUGCUAGGGUAAUUCUGUUUUUAAUUUUUUGAAUUUUAAGAUCGAUUUGUAAAUUUUUGCAAACAAAAAGCCAGUUGGGAUACUGAUAAGGAUUGUUGAUUAUUGAAUCCGUUGGGGAAUAUUACCAUCUUAACAAUAGCAAGUCUUCUGAUCUAUUAACAAGGGAUGGCUUUCUUUUACUUAGAUAUACUUUAAUUUCUUUCAACAAUGUUUUGUAGUUUCUACACUAAGUUUUACAUCUUGUUGUUCAAAUUAUUUCUAAGUAGUUUUUUUCUUUUUGAUACUAUUGCAAAUGUAACUGUCUCCUCAAAUUUCAUUUUGAGAUUGAUAAUAGAUUCUUCACAUACUUUUUCUUUCCUUCAUUUAACCCUCAGCACAAGUCUAGGAGGUGGCUCUCUCUCUUUGCAAAUGAGGAAAUAAGUUCAAAGAAGUUAAAUGACUUUGCCAAGGUAGUAUUUCUGGGAAUACAUCUGGAUGAAUAAAGAGGCAGUUCACUCAGAUUGACUGCAAACCCUUGAGUGAUGUCUCUUCUCCCUUUGAAACCCAGGAUGCAGUGCCAGGAGGGUUAGGAGGGGAAUUCAGGGUGUCUCAUUCCUUGAAUGAGGUAUUCAAGAAGGAGACUUGGAUCUUGAAUAGUGGUGACAGGAGUGGUGCUCCUGCCCACUUUCUUAAGUUUUCAGGAGGUAUUUGGAAAUUUAGUUUGAUUUAGUGAUAAAAGGCCCAAGUCCAGAGUUUGAGCUCUGGCUUCACUCUUUAACUGUCUAACUCAGCAAGUUAGUUUGAUUCUCUAGCUUUCAUUUUCAUCUUCUGUAAAGUAGAGCCGUCAUAAGCCCUGCUACCUACUUCAUGGGGUCAUUAUUAAAAAGAGUAAAUCACAUACUAUCCAUGUUCAUAAAACUCAGAGCCAGGGGCCUAGCACAUGGUGUUCUGUUCAGUGUUAAUUGUAAUCGUUCUGCAGCUUGUAGCUUGAUUCUUACUCGGUUCUCAUCUUUCUCUUUUCAGUACAAGUUCAGAGAUCUAACUGUGGAAGAACUAAAGAAUGUAAAUAGGUUUUUCCCACAUUUCAGAUAUUCCAUGGACACCUAUGAUGAUGAAACUGAAGGUCAAAGGGAUUCAAGUAACAGCUUCAACAGUAAAGCUGCAUGUGUCUAAGUAGGGAAAGUAGGUCUAGAAUCUGGAGUUUCUGUAUCAAAGCUCUCUGUGCUUUCAGCUAUCCUCUUGGCUUUCUAAGAAAACAGUAUGUGGUAAUUUCCCCUUGUCAACAUAGUUACAGAUGCCAAGAUGAUGAACCUUAAAAAUUAGGUGUGCUUCUGUAUGUGGGUCUGUGUGUGCGCAAACUUUCAUACAGUUUUUUCUACUUUUGAGUGUACAUUUUGGGGCUUUUAUUUUUCUUCCAGUGUUCAAAGAUAGUUCCCAGAAAGACCUGCUGAAUUUCACUGGCACUAUUCCUGUGAUGUACCAUGGUAAUACAUAUAACAUACCAAUUCGUUUGUGGAUCUUGGAUUCCCACCCUUUUGCUCCCCCCAUUUGCUUCUUAAAGCCAACUGCAAAUAUGGGUGUCUCAGUUGGAAAACAUGUGGAUGCUCAAGGCAGAAUAUACUUGCCCUAUCUUCAAAACUGGAGCCAUCCUAAGUCUGUCAUUGUUGGACUAAUUAAAGAAAUGAUUGCCAAGUUUCAAGAGGAACUUCCCCUGUAUUCUCUACCAUCGUCUGAUGAGGCACGGCAGGUAGACUUGCUAGCCUAUAUUGCAAAAAUCACUGAAGGUGUCUCAGACAUAAAUUCAAAGCACUGGGCAAAUCAUGAGCACAAAACAGUCAAUAAAGUUACUGUGGUUGGAGGUGGAGAACUGGGAAUUGCCUGCACAUUAGCAAUCUCAGCAAAGGGCAUUGCAGACAGACUGGUCCUCUUGGACCUCUCAGAAGAGACGAAAGGAGGAGUGAUGGACCUUGACAUCUUUAACCUGCCUAAUGUGGAGAUCAGCAAAGAUUUGUCUGCCUCUGCUCAUUCCAAGGUGGUGAUCUUCACAGUCAACUCUUUGGGUAGUUCUCAGUCCUACCUUGAUGUGGUACAAAGCAAUGUGGAUAUGUUCAGAGCCCUUGUCCCAGCUCUGGGACACUAUAGUCAACAUGGUAUCCUGCUUGUUGCAUCUCAACCAGUGGAAAUCAUGACUUACGUGACGUGGAAACUGAGUGCAUUUCCUACAAAUCGAGUGAUUGGAAUUGGAUGUAAUCUGGAUUCACAGAGAUUACAGUACAUUAUUACAAAUGUUUUGAAGGCACAAAUGUCAGGAAAACAAGUAUGGGUUAUUGGUGAGCAGGGAGAAGACAAAGUGCCCACAUGGGGUGGCCAAGAAGAAGUGAUGAGUCCUAACUCUCAAGUGCAGUUGUCCAACAGAGCCAUGGAGGUGUUACGGGUAAAAGGUCAAAGAUCCUGGUCUGUUGGACUAUCAGUGGCUGACCUGGUUGACAGUAUUGUAAAUGAUAAAAAGAAAGUACAUUCUGUAUCAAUUUUAGCAAAGGGAUAUUAUGAUAUAAACAAUGAAGUGUUUUUAAGUUUGCCUUGCAUCCUUGGAUCCAGUGGAGUAUCUGAAGUCAUCCAAAGCACAGUGAAGGAAGAUACAGCAACUGAGAAACUCCAAAGCAGUGCAUCAUCAAUCCAUGGUCUCCAACAACAGUUAAAACUUUGAUCCUAAAGUACAGAGUUACCUGAAAGGAAAGGUCAUUCAAUUUUGCCAACACAUACAGGGUUGAGAAUUUCUGUAUCUUAUUAGUUACCCUUACAAACUGCUUGGUUAAGGUAGACGGUUUCCAGUUAGCACUGUAAUUUGAAUCCUUAGGGAGUUAGAUAAGGAGGGGGAAGAAAUCUAAUUUUCUUUGUCAUUCUUGAGGUAUCUAAACUGUUCUUUAAGUCUAUAGAAGAUGUAGACAUUCAUCUACAAUCUACAAUAUGCAUCAUUUAAAUUUAUGGAUCCUCAUCUAAAAGCACAUUCAGCACUUUGGGAAUAUUUUGAAAGUAAUAUACUUUUAAAAGAAAAUUACUCUUUAUUACAAUAAACAUGAUAAGCUGAAGGUCCAGUAUUGGUUUACAGAAUCUAUGCUGGGUGUGUUUUCAAGAGAUCCACAGCUUAAGGUAUUGUUUCUUCUUUAAAAUAAAAUCGGUAGUAAUAGGAAAGCAUUUUGUUUUCCCUCUUUAAAUUAAUUAGCUACCCCUGGGUGUCUCAGUUGGUUAAGCCUCCACCUCUUGAUUUCAGCUCAGGUCAUGAUCUCCCUGUUCAUGAGAUCAAGCCCCACAUCAGGCUCUGUGUUGAUGGUGCAGAGCCUGCUUGGGGUUCUCUCUCCCUCUCUCUCCCUGCCUCUCUCUCUCAAAGUAAAUUUUAAAACCUUAAAAAAAAUUAACUAGCUACUGAAAAGUAAAAAAAGAAUUUUAUGUGUACUUUAAAAUAUUAAAAGGGAAGGUAAAAUUUUUAAUAUUUGAAGAAAAAGUGUAAUUUCCAGUGGGACUGUCCUUUUUGAAAUUUUCUAUAACCUCUUCUUGGGAUAUAUAAUCUCUAACAUCUCAAAAACCAAUUAUACUGCUAGUAGCAUAGAGAAAUGUGUAUUUAAAAAUUUUUUUUUAAGUUUAUUUACUUUUGAGAGAGAAAGACCGAGCAUGAGCGGGGGAGGGGCAGAGAGAGACAGACUCAGAAUCCAAAGCAGGCUCCAGGCUCCAAGCUGUCAGCACAGAACCCUACGCGGGGCUCAAACUCACGAACUGUGAGAUCAUGACCUGAGCCGAAGUUGGACGCUUAAUCAACUGAGCCACCAAGGCGCCCCAAGAAAUAUGUAUUUUUAGUAGAAAUAGAUUAUGAAUAAACGCCAAGCAAUUUAAGUUUAAAAUAUGAGGCUUUCCUGAAAACCAUUAGUCGUAAGGGGAAGAAGAUGGAUGGACUGGCUAUUCUGAGCAAAUCCUUUAACCCCUCCUGAAGAAAUGAUUCAGAGCACAUAUGCCUUGGUGAUGGGUCAGUAACUCUAUCUUCGUAUAUGAAAGGUAGCAUAUUAUUACAGACGUAACACACAACUAAUUAGUAACAAUUAAUAACCAACACAUUUCAGGUACUGUGAUGAGCAUUUUAUUAUUUUAUUGAAUCCUGAAAAUCAUCCACUGAGGUUGGUUUUAUCAUUUUAUAGAGGAGAAAAUUGAGGUUUAGUGCCCAAGGUGUCACAGCCAAGAGGCACUUAAACACGUAGCCUCUACUUUUUUAAGCACUAGAAGGAAAAGCCUAACAGCCAAAAUAGUUACCACAAGACCAUAAAGCUGGGGUUCUAUACACUAUAGAAGGAUUACUUCUAUUCUCAUGUAGAGGCUGACUUAAUUUUUAUUCCAACAGAGUUUUUUGAAAGAUUGAUUCCCUGACUUCCCAUACUUGCCCUCAGCAAAUAGCAGAGAGGAGUAUACAGUGAAAUAGGCGUUCAUUUAAUCAUUUAUAUAGUAUUGCCUGGAAGCCUACAAUACACCAGGCACCAUACUGGGCACUGCAAAUAUAGUGGUGAGCAAACCUGGACUAGGUACAAGCCCUCAUGGUCCAUACAAUCUAGUAUGGGAGACUUGUAAUCAAAUCUCACAAAUAAAUGUACAAUUGCAAGCGUAAUAAGUACUGUGAAGAAAUUCCCAGUGCUUUGAAAGCAUAUAAUAGGCAAAUCCAAAGCUGGUCGAGAGAUAGGAGCCCAGUAAGGCAGACACAUCCUAGUUAAAAAGAAUCAAACUAAUUCUGAUUUAGUAUAGUAAUGAAUGCUUAUAACGAUGAGCUUAAAUCAUAAAGAUAAAGUGAAAUUAUACCCAGUGUCCCAUGUUUAAGAAUGUAGAAGAGUAUUUAAUAUGUUUGGAAAGAUUCCCACCAGAAUUAACUGGGAUAUAAAACCUUGGAUGUUUGAAGAGAUAAGCAUUAGUUCUGUGUAAGUUCACUACAUGGGUAGAUUAUUUUGGUGUCGCUCUUAACAGUGUAUUCUCACUAUCCUUUUGCACAAAAUAGGGAAGUAAGACUAAAAGAACCAUUUCUUGUAUUUUUUAAACUAGCCUUUUCUAAUAUCUGUGAUCUAAUUAGAAAUUAGAUAAUUUCUACUAUCUAAUUUCUAAUACCUCUUGAACAACAACCUAACUGCAGGAUACUGUGUAAUAGAUCAAUUACCAGGAGUUCACCAUGUUAAUUGCAAAUUAAGGUCAAUGCAAUGCAACAAUUACUGAGCAUCUACUGUUAUUCCAAAUACUAUGUUAGAAUUUGAGUACUCAAAGUUGAGUAAUAGUCCUUGCCCGACAGAAGCCCACCUUAUAGAAAUAAUUCUGUCAGUUAUUUCCUUAAGUGUUGACUAUUAGCAGUUGUGUUGUAGGUUUCAUAUAUGUAAGUCAAGAAACAGUACCACCACAUUACCUCACUAUCAUUUGGUGAUAAUCGCCACUCACGGUUGUGAUAUUAACGUUCACUUCUUAAUUUUUCCAAAAUCAUGCAGUGUCUUCUUCUUAUGAUUUUUAGUGGGGCUUGGAUUAAAAUGCUUCUUUGAUUUUAUAGUGCAGAGAUUAAUAUUUUCCAGUUUACAUUGUAGUUUUCCUCAAAUAUCAAGAACAAUGAAUAAAAUAAACUUUGACUUUAAAAUCACCCAAAGAUGCCUAACUUAUUGAGUGGAAGGAAAUUUAUGCAGAUUGAGGAGAAAGUUUCUUUUAUACACUUCAUGCAGUACCCAGGAUAUUUAAGUGGCUUAAGUGCAAAAGUAAGAGACUAGCUUUUGUUAAUUGUUUUCCAACUUUUAAAAAUUACUUUUAGCAAGAAAACUUUUUUUUUUCAACAUUUAUUUAUUAUUGAGAGACAGAGCAUGAGCAUGAGCAUGGGAGGGGCAGAAAGAUGGGAAGACACAGAAUCCAAAGCAGGCUCCAGGCUCUGAGCUGUCAGCACAGAGCCCGAUGUGGGGCCGGAACCCACAAACCGCAAGAUCAUGACCUGAGCGGAAGUCGGACGCUUAACCGACUGAGCCACCCAGGCGCCCCUAGCAAGGAAACUUUUUAAACAAUGUAUUACCUGCAUCCUCCCAGUUGAUAAAGUGCAGUUACUUUGAGAGUACUCCUGAGUAAGCUAUGGCUUUAAGACCACUUUGGAAACUACUCUGCUUUUAAGUGACAUAAACGGUGCAGUGGAAGGAUAGACUGUCCUAUAAUUUGGUUUGACUGGUGCUGUGUGCUUAACUAACACAUGGUGUCCAUAUCCAAAACAGUAAUACCUAUUGGGAUAGCCUGUGCAUGUGUGUGUUGGCAAUAAUUUAAAAUGAUACGUCCACAUGGUUUCAAUUAUGCCCUCUGUGUUUGUGACCUCACUUAGAUGCCAAUUUAAAAGAGAAUUAAGAGUGCCUGGGUGGCUCAAUCGGUUAAGCGUCCGGCUUAGCUCAGGUCAGGAUCUCAAGGUUGGUGAGUUCCAGCCCCACAUUGGGCUCUGUGCUGACAGCUUGAAGCCUGGAGCCUACCUCAGAUUCUGUGUGUGUGUCUCUCUCUCUGCCCCUCCCCGGCUCACACUCUGUCUCUCUCUCUCUCUC